AUGGGACUUAAAGUGGUGUUAUUAGUGGUAUUAGUAGGCUCUGCCUUAGCCGACAGGAAGCCUACUAUCACUGAAAAACUUCUAGGAGAUUCCGACCUUUCAGAGUUCUACUCGCUACUAAAACGUAAUGUAGUAGCAAAUACGAGUCUUCAACAUAGGCAGAUGACACUAUUCGCACCCACCAACGAGGCGUUCCAGAGGUUUAGUGGAGAAAAGGACGAAUCACUAGUUCUUUUUCAUAUAUCGAAUUUGGCAACGACUCUAACUAACCUGGAUUUCUCAAUAUCAUCGGAGCUCGAUGGCAACCCACCUCUAUGGAUAACGCGACGUCGUGACGCCAUGCACGACGAUAUUUACGUGAACAAUGCCAAAGUUGACAUCUCGAGGUCAUAUCAGGCAGUCAAUGAAAAUGGCAAGUUACAGGUCCUCCAUGUGAUUGAUCAAGUGCUGCAGCCUCUUCUUCCCCUAGGUCAGAGCUCCGUAGGAUCACCUGUAUACAACCCCAACGCAUACCAGUUUCUAGAGCACUCGGACGUGUUCAAUAUCGGACAACAUCGCCUCAGAUCGUUCCGCCAAAAAGUGAACCAACUACAGAAGAAAGAAGUUUUCAAUGCGGACGGGCGACACACGUUCUUUAUUCCUGUCGACGAGGGCUUCAAGCCAACAACCCGGUCAGAUCUGAUCGACGCGAAAGUCGUAGACGGACACGUGAUCCCUCAUCACGUACUGUUCACACAAGCUACUCCUGACACCAAGCAGUUCAACAGCAUGGCCUUUAGUGACAAUGUAAAGGUCAUCAUCUCCUUCACCACCAGCGAUAAUGGCAAAGAAGAAAUUACUUACGUGAAAUCAAACACAGUGUCCGGGGAUGCGAAACACGCUCGAGGUGUAGUCCUUGCAGACAUCGUAAGAGCGAAUAUACCCGUUAAAAACGGUGUAGUCCAUCUCAUACAGAGGCCCUUGAUGGUUGUAGAUACCACUGUCGUCGAUUUUCUUAAGGGAAUUGAAAAAGAAGAUGGACCAUUGUGUAAAUUCUAUGAGGUCAUAAUGGACUUGGGCGAGCACAACCAGUUCCUCAACGAACUGACUAUGGCUAAAGACAUCACGCUUUUUGCACCAUCCAAUGAAGCAUGGAAAGAGCACAGUGUUCAGAACAUUUUAAGGAAUCAUCAAAAGCUGAAAGAGAUACUAAAUUUACAUUUGGUACGCGAGAGAUUACCCUUAGAAGCGAUUAUGCAUAACAACAUGAAUCAGCUCCCUGGCGCAAUCUAUCAAGCACCGACGGCGUUGCCCAGAAAGUAUUUGUACUUUAACGUAAUAACGCAUGGAAACAACUUGACUCUAACGGUCGAAGGCGGAGGUGUCAAUGCAACAGUCACGCAAACUAACAUCGCAGCUACCAACGGUUUCGUUCACAUAAUUGACAGGGUACUAGGUGUCCCUUAUACUACUGUAUUCGAAAAAAUGAAAACUGAUCCCAUGCUCAACAUCACAUACAAUCUCGGCAAGCGACAGAUGUUCAACCACCAACUGAGCGACAUGGAGCACCGCUACACUUACUUCGUACCACGGGAUCACGCUUGGUACAAAUUUCAAUUAAAACAUCCCUCUGCCUACAAUGCUUUAUUUAAAGAGGACUUUGGUUACUACACGAAACAGAUACUAGAGAGGCACAUAAUCCGAGCUGCCCGCGCCUACACCGUAUCCGACCUUAAGCUAUUGGCCAAUGAAACUCAUCCUUUCGUUCUACCGACCUCCCGCGAUCCUCUCAGAUUACGCGUCAAGGAGUCUGACAAAAAUUACUACGUAGAAUGGAACGGGCGUUGGAUUCAUGUGUUCCGACCAGACGUGGAAUGCACCAAUGGAAUUAUUCACGUUAUUGACGAGCCUUUUGUACUCGAAAGUGAUAUUAGAGCCACUGGUAGCGCCGCCACUACUUGUUUUUAUACUCUCACCUUAAUCUUCUCCUUCCUCUUCGCCAGGAUUUUAGAAAAU